UUUCUGUAUCAGGUACCGUAUCAAACGGAGAUAUCUUCUUUUUUGAUAUGAAACUUCCGUUUUAAAACAUUUGAUGAUCAUCAAGCAGAUUUUAGACUUAUUUAAACUCGUUUAAAUCACAGCUGAAUACACUCUUCCGAAUUCUUAGUCGUAUUUGCUACCGUGCUAGUAACUUGCUCUGGUCCAUCCUAGAGCCAAAAAGGACAACAUGGCAACUACAACUGUUGAUAAAGAAUACUAUGAGAUUUUAGGAGUUGCAAUUGAUGCAGAUGAGCUUACAAUCAAAAAAGCGUAUCGUAAACUCGCCAUCCAGUAUCAUCCAGACAAGAAUAGAGAGAAUCCAGAAGAGGCAAAAGCCCAAUUCCAAAAGAUUGGAGAAGCAUACCAGGUUCUUGGCGACCCAGAACUUCGAAAGAAGUAUGACACAUAUGGAAAAGAAGGUGCUGUCCCGGAAAUGGGAUUCCAGGAUGCUCAAUUGUUUUUUGAGAACUUGUUCGGAGGCGAAUCGUUCAAAGAUUACAUUGGAGAGAUCACCUUGUUGAAGGAAUUGAUAAAAAUGAUGGGCGAUGAAGCAGAUGAAAAAACAAAGAGAGCAGUUGAGGACACGGAGGAGUCGAAAAAGGUGUUACAAAAGCAACAAGAUGAAACUCGGAAUCAGGAAAUGGAAGUUCGUAUCGAGAAACUUGCACGUUACCUGACAGACAAGUUGUCUGUGUGGACAGAGACAGACAAGGAUGAGGGCGUUACUGAGGCCUUUAAAAUGAAGAUGACCUUGGAAGCAGAGAACCUGAAAAUGGCCUCCUUCGGUGCCGAGAUGCUUCAUGCUAUUGGCGGUAUUUACAUACAGAAAGCAAACAACUUUAUACGAUCUCUGCGUUACUAUAUGGCUGGAUCUAUUUGGGGUGCACUUUGCGAAAAAGGUACUGUGAUCAAAGAUACUUGGUACACGAUUCGAAGUGCCCUUGAUGCACACACAGCCGCCGAAUCAAUCGCUAAAGCGGAAUCUGAGCAGGAAAACAUGACGGAAGCCGAAAUGGCUGAGUUGCAAAAGAACAUGACAGGAAAAGUGCUUGCUGCUAGUUGGAGAGGUGCACGUUUUGAGAUUCAGCAUGUCUUACGGCAGGUUUGCGACAAGGUACUGUACGACAAAACUGUACCCAAAGAGAAGCGCAAGGACCGUGCACAAGCACUGCUCAUUGUCGGCGACAUUUUCUCCAAGGUCGAACCCGACAAGGACAGCGAAACUCGAUUCCUUGAAACGCUCGUGGAGGAACAUAUGAGUUCCUAGACGUAUUCCAUCCCGUGAGGAGCUAUAUUCAAGUCAAGCAUCUCUAAAAAUUCAUUUCAUAUCCAAAAUUUACGGAUUACUGGUUGCACCCAUAGAAAUAUUUAUUGUUACC